AUGACCAUCGCGCCAGCGGAUAAUCGCCGUGGGAAUGCACUCCACCGCUAUUAUAUCCCGCAUCAUGCUGUCGUACGAGACAGCAGUGCCACGACGCGCUUACGCGUCGUUUUCAACGCGUCGUGUCGAACCUCGGACGGCACAUCCUUGAACGAUCACUUGAUGGUCGGGCCUAAGCUCCAGCUCGAUCUCGCCACGGUGCUAAUGCGAUGGCGUCAACAUCGCUAUGUCUACACUGCCGACAUCGCAAAGAUGUAUCGGCAAAUUCUAGUUGACCAACGCGAUGUUGACUACCAGAGGAUUCUGUGGCGAGAGUCUCCGGAACAACCAGUCGAGGAGUAUCAACUACUCACAGUUACCUACGGCACCGCUUCCGCUCCUUACCUCGCUCUCCGUGUUUUGCGACAGUUAGCGCAAGAUGAAGGCGGCCCUCAUUUCCGCUCGCGGUUCCGGUUCUCCUUUCGCAACUUUACGUCGACGACAGCGUAUCUUCUAUCGGAUAUUGAUCCGUCCGAUCACGGUCUUGCCUGCUCAAAGGAGCUAUAUGAUGAUGAGCGAUUGAGCGUGCUAGGUCUCACGUGGGACCCGUGUCGCGAUGUCUUUCGGGUUAAAGUUUCUCUCCCGACACAUAUUUCGAAAACGAAACGCGAGAUCUUAUCGACCAUCGCCAAACUAUUUGAUCCGCUCGGUUGGAUCACCCCCGUCGUGAUUACCGCAAAAAUAUUUCUGCAAACAUUGUGGCAAUUAAAAUGCGAUUGGGACGACGACAUUCCCGGCGAUUACGCAACCGACUGGGAACGCUAUUAUUCGCACUUAUCGUGCCUUCAUCAACUCGAAAUCGCGCGCUGGACGCGAUCCGGCUCUCAUACCUUGAAAACGGAGUUACACGGUUUCUCAGACGCCUCUACGAAAGCCUAUGCGGCGGUAGUCUACCUCCGUAACAUUAACAUCGACGGAUCGGUCGACGUUUUCUUGCUCGCCGCGAAGUCCAAGGUCGCCCCUCUCAAAACAUUAAGCGUUCCGCGUCUCGAGUUAGCCGCUGCACAUCUUCUUUCGCGCCUCGUGCAGUUCGUUCGAACGACGCUUCAACUGCCGAACAUCGAAAUACAUUGUUGGACGGAUUCCACCAUAACGCUAGCCUGGCUAAGUAAAUCGCCGUCUUGCUGGCGAACGUUCGUAGCAAAUCGCGUCGCGGCCAUUCAAACGACCUUACCGGACAUACCGUGGCGCCAUGUUCCGACUUACGACAACGCCGCCGAUGCCGCGUCCCGUGGUCUUGCUCCGGAGGAACUAGCCCCACAUCCGUUAUGGUGGCACGGACCCCCGUGGCUGUCUUUGCCUCCAACCUCUUGGCCGAACGGCAAUCUCAUACAAGAUGAGAUCACAUCCACCGAUCUUUUGGAGAAACGAAACGUACACGUCACGGAUUCUCCGGCGCCUCCGGAAUUAUGGGAUCUCGCUUUUCGCUUCUCAUCAUGGCCGAAAUUGCUUCGCGUGACCUCGUAUCUAAUUCGAUUCGGGAAUCUCGCGCGACGGCAAAAUCAAUCACUCGAACGCAGUUCGCGCGUCGACGAAAUCGCCGCAGCCAAAGCGUACUGGCUCCGCUGUAUACAGGCAGCUAUGUUUCCCGCUGAAUUAGUCUGUCUCGCUGCGAAGAGAUCCGUGUCCAAAUCCAGUCCGCUUUCAUCUCUCAAUCCUUCGCUGAGCGACGACGGACUCAUCCGCGUCCGCGGACGUCUACGUCACGCUCGCCUGCCAGAUUCGACGAAGUACCCGAUCGUCCUUCGGUCGCAUCCUCUCCUUUCCCUCAUCAUCGAUCAUCACCAUCAUCGCAUGCUACACGGCGGUUCACAACUCACUCUCGCAUCCUUACGUUCCGAAUUCUGGAUUCUUCGCGCUCGCACUUGUACCCGCGCAGUCCUUCACAAAUGUGUGCGAUGUGCCCGCGAGGCUGCGACCAUUCCAAAUGAACUCAUGGGAGAUCUUCCGUCGGUUCGCGUAAAUCGCGCGGCGCGACCGUUUUCACACACGGGAGUCGAUUAUGCUGGUCCUAUUUUGUUACGAAGUACACCCGGGCGCGGACAUAAGUCUCACAAAGCGUACAUCGCCCUGUUUGUAUGCCUCACUACUAAGGCUAUCCACCUUGAAGUCGUAACCGAUUAUACUUCGGCCACCUUUAUCGCGGCGUAUCAUCGGUUCGUGUCCAGACGAGGUCUUCCCCAGGGGAUGUAUUGCGAUAAUGGCACAACUUUCCAAGGAGCCGAUCGCGAAUUAGCCGAUGCACAUCGUCGCGCCCUCCGCGAUCCAAAUUUUAUUGCGGCGACCGCUUGCGAAAAACAUCGUGGCAUUUCCUUCCCCCGGCCGCCCCACAUUUCGGUGGUCUCUGGGAGGCCGGUGUGCGUAGCGUCAAAACGCACCUCAAACGUUGCAUAG